CUUCUAAUGUCCGUCUGGAAUGCCGGCCGGAGCGGAAGCAGAAACUCUGUGACUGCCCUGCCGUGAGGCCUUCGCAGAGGGAGGCAAUUAGAAGUGCCAGGCAAAAGCUCGAGAUCGCGCGACGACCCUCUCUCUCUUUCGAUGUACAGCGCGACAACCCCGACGACCCUCCUCCUCCGCCCGUUAGCACGCUCGACCCUCCACCACCAUGGCCGACUCCGAUGGCGAAUACGUCCUGGGAUCGGAUGAUGAGCCCUCGGCGACCAACGCGAGCUUGGGCACGCGUGCAAAGGGCAAGAGCGCCAACGGUGCGCGCGGGAAAGAACGAUGGGAACGCGGCGUGCAGACCGACGCGAACACGCUGCGCGAGGGCGCUGACGGCACGCUGGUAACCGACUGGGAGGAGACGCUCGAGGCACAGAAGAGGAAGAGGCUACGACAGGACACCAAACCCUUUCAGCGUGGCAUCAUCCGGCAUGUCGUCCUUGUCCUCGAUCUUUCGGAAGCCAUGCUCGAGAAGGACUUUCGCCCUAACCGCUUCCUUGUUACCUUGAAAUACGCUCAAGAAUACGUACGCGAAUUCUUCGAACAAAAUCCUAUCAGUCAGAUGUGUGUAAUGGGUAUGCACGAUGGACUAUGCAUUCGUAUCAGCGAGCUCGGCGGUAAUCCGAACGAUCAUAUUGCACCCUUGCAACGGUUACGCAACACUAGAGAUCUCCUACACCAAGAGCCAAAGGGCAGUCCUUCGCUGCAGAACGCGCUCGAACAAGCCCGUGCCGCGUUGUAUCAUACACCAAGCCACGGUACCCGCGAAGUCAUCAUCGUUCUGGGAGCUCUCCUCUCCCUGGACCCAGGCGACAUUCAUAGCACUAUCCGCUCCUGCGUCAAAGACCAUGUCCGCGUCAGUAUCAUCGGCAUGGGCGGACGUCUGAAGAUCUGCCAAGAGAUCUGCUCAAAAACGAAUGGCGGCGAUGAGACUGUCUACGGAGUUGCUGUUGACCAGAUGCACUUCCGCGAUCUGCUCAUGGCAACUACCACUCCACCCGUAAUCCGCCAAACCGCCACCACAACCACGGCCGCGGCCAACCCGGCCUCGCUCCUCAUGAUGGGCUUCCCUUCGCGCGUCAUCGAAGACGCACCCACCAUCUGCGCCUGCCACGGCAACCUCACGCGAGGCGGCUACCUCUGCUCGCGCUGCAAAGCGAAAGUGUGCAGCCUGCCUGCAACCUGCCCCUCAUGCCAACUCACGCUCAUCCUCUCUACCCACCUGGCACGCAGCUACCACCACCUGUUCCCGCUGCGCAACUGGGCCGAAGUAACCUGGGACCGCGCGCGCCAGGUCGGCAGCACCGAGUGCAAGUCGUGCCUGACGCCGUUCCCGCCCGUGCCGUCCAGAAAGGCGCUCGCGGCAGCCGCGGCGACCGAGGCCUCGACGCAGGGCAAGGGCGCCCUCAAGCGGCCUGAGAGGCGCGUCGAGGGCGCCAGUGCGAGCGAGAGCUCCCGCUACGAGUGCGAGAGCUGCCGCUGCCACUUUUGCGUCGAUUGCGACCUGUUCUGCCAUGAGGUGGUGCAUAACUGCCCGGGGUGCCUGAGCCAGGCGACGCAGGAGGGCGAUGGUGGUGGUGGUGCUGCUGUUGAGGGGGCGGGAAAUGGCAAGGCGGAUGGAGUGGUGGCUGCGAAUGGCGCGGCAGGGGGCCCGGAUAGGAUGGUUGAGUAGGAGGUGUGGUGGUGGUGGUAUGGCAUAGAUGGGGGUGGAGGCGUUUAGGGCAUGUACGGAUGGAUGGGUUGGCGGCGCGACGAGCAGCGCAGGCUGCCUCGAUGCGGUGAGCUGGAGAUAGAGGCGUUGUUUCGUCUUGGUGGCUUUUGCGCGCGCGGAUCGUGUAUUAUCAGCGAGAAUGGCGAGGAGGUUGGUCGGUUUACUAGGAGUAGUGCUGCUUUUAUCAGGCAAAAAAUUAUCUGC